CUAGCGCGCGUAUUUAAGUAUUAUACUAGUCUACGUUGAUACCGACCUGAGUAUAUAUAUAUAGAUGAAUAUAUUAUAUGUAUGUAUCGUGAAACCGGCAUCAGUAUAAAUAUACUAGAAGCUUGGUGUAAAGCUUGCUUUAUCCUCAAAAUCUGUGGAGUGAGAAAUCAUUCAGAAGUGGCGAUGGGUUGUGUUUCAUUGGGAUACCGAAAGUGUGGAUAUUGUGUGUGAAAUACAGGUGUUUUUGCAUUGCCUAUCUAAACUCAGAUUGUGCCUGUGUUGUUUCAGAGUGCUGUCAAUCACAACGAUAGGCGGAGCGUAGGUUUCUUGAAAACGAGGCUGACAUCGGUUUAGAUUCAGCGUCUUUCGACAGAGUACGACGGAAAGGCAUACUGGCGCUAUGGGGAGGCGAUUUGUAUCGACCCUGGUCCUUACCGCCUUACUGGUCUUUACCGUAGUAUCCCAGACUUUUGGCUCUGAAGUUUUUGAACUUCGGCUUGAUUCUUUCAACAACGACUACGGACGAGAUUUUGAGGGAAACUGUUGUAGUGGGUAUCGUUCUGAACACGGGUCGUGCAGCAGUGUCUGUCGAACUUCUUUCCGUGUGUGUUUAACACACUAUCAGGCAAUAAUUGACCCUAAUCCCCCAUGUACAUUUGGAGAGGUCAUAACCCCUGUACUUGGCAACAAUUCUGCGUAUUUAUUGGAUAAAAAGAUGUCAGGAUUUACUAACCCUAUUCGAUUUUCGUUCGAUUUUUCUUGGCCGGGGACCUUUUCUCUCAUCAUAGAGGCUUGGCACGAUAACUCGGCUGAAGUAGGUGGCAGGACGUUGAUAACGCGUCUGGCCACUCAGCGGUCACUGGAGGUUAGCCCGGACUGGACACAAGAUUCCCACCAGACAAAGCACGCGACAAUACGAUAUUCGUACAGAGUUCUAUGUGACGACACCUACUACGGCGAAACGUGCACCAAGCUCUGCCGUCCAAGGAACGACAAGUUCGGCCACUACAACUGCAGUCUAACGGGAGAGAAGGUGUGUCUGUCGGGCUGGACAGGGGAAUACUGUACCGAAGCUGUCUGUUCCGGAGGCUGUCAACACGGUAAAUGCGACCAGCCUAAUGACUGCAAAUGUCACCAAGGUUGGCAAGGUCCCACAUGCCAAGAGUGUAUUCGGUACCCUGGGUGUGUCCACGGCACCUGUUCCAAAGCCUGGCAGUGUAACUGUGAAGAGGGUUGGGGCGGACUCUUUUGUAAUCAAGGUGGAAGCUGCGUGGGUCACUCGGACGGUUACACGUGUUUUUGUCGCACGGGGUUCGUCGGGGAUAACUGUGAGAUGGACAUCAACGACUGUGCCGAGAAUCCAUGUUUAAACGGAGGCACUUGUGUGGAUGACGUCAACUCCUUUCACUGCUCGUGCGUGCCAGGCUUCAUCGGUUCCUUAUGUCAGGUGAACGUGGACGAUUGCCUGACCAAACCUUGUGCGAACGGUGGCACGUGUCACGACCUGGUCAACGACUUCCGGUGUGAAUGUCAUCCAGGAUUCACAUCCAAGGACUGUUCCGUGGAAGUGGACGAGUGCAGCUCGAAUCCCUGUCAGAAUGGCGGAUCCUGCGUGGAUCGUGUCAAUGUGUUUGUGUGUGUGUGUCCGGCGGGGUUUAGUGGAAGGUUGUGUGAUACAGAUACGAGGAACAGCGGUGGAAAGGAGGAAAUACGUUUCGUUAGCCAACAAGGUAUGGACGUUCCAUCAGACUCGGACGUACCUGGUGUCUCUCAUCACGUGGCAGAUGAAAACAAACUCUCGGGUCACCAGAUGGCAUUAAUUGGAACGUUAUCAGCAAUAAUACCUUUAUUAGCCAUCACCGCUGUGGUGAUUAUUCUGCUUCUUCGGCGAAAGAAGCGGCUGGAAAGAGAGAGGCGGGAUGAAGAGGCAAUCCGGAAGCAAAACGAACUUAAUUCCGUGCAAAGUUUGAACAAAAAGUGUUUAGACAACCAAAUAAUUAACACGUUUGAACGACGAAGCUCAAAGUUUUUAAACAUUAGCACUGAAAGCCAGGAUAUUGGGGUGCUGACCAAGGGUCAGUCUUUACCACGGACUAAACUUCUUAAUACAGACUGUACUAGCAAAGUGCUGGACAGAGACUCAGAAAAACAUUUAAUUAAUUCACAAAGGACAUUAGAAAGAAAGCAACAGAGUGUACAGCAGGCCUCGUCAGUUAGUCAGAGCGAGGCGUCGCAGUCAACGGGCACGUGUCCUCACACUAAAGUGUAUGUUAUAGAAGAUCACUACUCGUCGCAAGAUCUCCACGAUAGGAUGUUGGCGACUGAAGUCUAGCUUCAACCAACUUGACCCGUCCACCCCCACUGCCCAAAGAUACACUGUUCCAGUUAGCCUAUUUAUUUCAUGUACAGUGAAAGAGAAAGUGCCUUUGUUAUAUACUUUGUAAAAAGUCAAAAUUUUCUAUAUGGAUUGCCUGAGAUAUAAGAGUUAAGUCAAACUUUCUAUUGUUUUAUUUAUAUUUCUUAUAAUCUUGUUUUUUAUAUAUUUUUUUUGAGCUUCUGUCAAUUGGAAUGAAGUUAGUACAACGUGAAAAGUUGAGAUUGUGUUUUUGUGACGAGUACGUUAGAAUGUCGUUAGGCAGAUACUGUAUAAUGGAAAGACUAUAAGACGAGUUUCCUUGUUUUAUCUUUGUAAAGUAUGAUUUGAAUUUCACCGCUCUUGUCAUGGCAUGAUGUACUUAAAAAUAAAGUAUAACUGUGAGACAAAGUUACUUGUAAAGAUGUCAAUAAAAGUCCCGCGGUAGUAGCUACAGCAAAGUUACUUGUAAAGAUGUCAAUAAAAGUCUCGCGGUAGUAGCUACAGUAAUUUAAAGAUUAAAUUCUGCCAACUUGUGUAUAUGUAAAUAUAUAAAUGUAUAUUUAUAAGUCAUGUUGUAAAGA